AUGUUUCCCGUACUUCGCAUAUCGAUUCGUGGUCUUGAUCCAGAUACAUUUUAUGAAAUUAAAUUAGACUUUGCUCAAACUGAUAACCAUCGCUGGCGUUAUGUUAGUGGUCAUUGGCAACCUGGCUCAAAGCAAGAACCACCGGCACUACGAGGUAUUUAUUCACAUCCAAAAUCACCAAAUUACGGAAAAUAUUGGAUGAGUGAUAUAAUUACAUUUUGUAAAGUGAAAUUAACAAAUAAAACAAACAGUAUUGGGGAUGAUCAGAUUGUUCUUAAUUCUCUACACAAAUAUGAACCACGAAUUCAUAUUUUACAAGUUCAAGUGGAUGGCAAAGAGAGUGUUCCAUUAUAUACAGCAAGCUUUCCUGAUACAGAGUUUAUUGCUGUUACCGCCUAUCAAAAUGAAGAGAUUACAGCAUUGAAAAUCAAAUAUAAUCCAUUUGCCAAAGCAUUUCAGGAUGCCAAAGAAAGAACUGAUCGAGAUUUAAAUGAAGACGUCCAAUAUAUUGAUCAAAAUUUUGCUUCUUGUUUUCCAAUGUUAGCAUCAUCUAGCUAUUCUCCACAUCAUUUUAAUUUUGCCACAAAUUCUUCAUCGUCGUCUAUGAAUGGUUCUGUUGAUCGUUUACGUUUAUCAAGUUAUCGUUCAACUCCCUAUACAUUGGGAACAAGUCAUUAUCAACCACACCAAACAUCAAACUCAUUUAUUGAUCCAUCACAAUUUUAUUCCAAUUCAGCAUUUCACCAUCAUAACAUCUAUUCAAACGGUCAAAAUGGUGUUAAUUCAAUGCCGUGGUUAUCACCUUAUUCUUAUCAACAACAACCACAGUCAUCUUCGUCGUCUUCUGGGACAUAUUCACCAGAUAUUUCGACAACAACAACCAUUAGUCAAAAUAUUCAUAAUACAACAGUAGAAGAAAUAAAUGACAAUCAUUUUGAUAAAAUGCAUAAUAAUACAGAUACUAAUAUUUUUACAUAA